UCAUUGAAGUUUGUAGAGAAAUCCACCAACCGCGCGCGACACAGGGCAAAGGCGUGCGUCAAUAUGACUCAAUAGCCACUUGAGGCGAAGAAGAUUUGGGGAAAGGGACCACUACGCUGUCGUUCUCCCCGUUCGACUUGAUCUGCUUUGAACAACUGGUAGCGUCAAAUCGUGCACAAAAUGUCUCAGACGGAAAUCAACGUGGCGUCCUCUCGGGGGAAGGUGCUCACUUUGGACACGAUGAACCCCAACAUCAAGCAAGUGGAGUACGCGGUUCGUGGUGCCAUCGUGCAGCGGGCAGUGAAGCUUGAGAAGGAACUCAAAGCGGGCGCCAAGAAACCUUUCACUGAAGUCAUCAAGGCCAACAUCGGCGAUGCCCACGCAAUGGGCCAGAAGCCCAUCACUUUUCUAAGACAGGUGUUGGCAAUGUGCGCUUAUCCGGAGCUCCUAAAGGACAGCGCAUUCCCAGAUGACGCCAAGCAACGGGCCCGGCGGAUUCUCGAGGCUUGCGGAGGUCAAAGCAUAGGCGCGUACAGCGCCAGCCAGGGAAUCGAGUGCAUUCGUCAGGAUGUGGCACGCUACAUCGAGAAGAGAGACGGCGGGAUCCCGUCCAGUCCGGACAACAUCUUCCUUUCCACUGGGGCCAGCGACGCCAUCGUGACCAUGCUGAAGUUGAUGGUGAGCGGCGAGGGUCGCACCCGUACGGGGGUGAUGAUCUCCAUCCCCCAGUAUCCUCUGUACUCGGCCACCCUCGCCGAACUGGGUGCGGUGCAGAUAUAUUACUACUUGGAUGAGGGCAAGUGUUGGAGCCUGGACGUGGCGGAGUUGAGAAGGUCCCUCCAAGCGGCGAGGGAGCACUGUAAUCCCCGUGUGCUCUGCAUCAUCAACCCCGGGAACCCCACUGGUCAGGUCCAGAGCAGGCAGUGCAUUGAAGACGUGAUUCGUUUGGCAAAAGAAGAGCGCCUCUUCCUCAUGGCUGAUGAAGUCUAUCAAGAUAACGUGUAUGCUGAAGGCUGCAAGUUUCACUCCUUUAAGAAAGUUCUCUUUGAGAUGGGACCAGAGUACUCGAGUACUGUAGAGUUGGCCUCCUUCCAUUCUACCUCAAAAUGCUACAUGGGAGAGUGUGGGUUCCGUGGAGGCUAUAUGGAGGUAGUUAAUAUGGACCCGGAGGUGAAGGUUCAACUUCUAAAACUGGUUUCAGUGCGGCUAUGUCCUCCCGUCCCUGGGCAAGCUCUCCUUGACUUGGUGGUGAAUCCUCCUCAGCCUGAUGAGCCCUCUUACAACACUUUCAUGAAGGAACGUACUGCAGUGUUGGACGCCUUGGCAGAAAAGGCAAGGAUGACUGAGGAGAUGUUCAACGCAGUACCCGGUAUCACAUGUAACCCUGUGCAAGGCGCCAUGUACACGUUCCCCCGCAUCACUCUACCUCAGAGGGCAAUGGACAAGGCCAAGGAAGAAGGUCUCGUGCCUGACAUGUAUUACUGCAUGAGGCUAUUGGAAGAAGAGGGCAUCUGCCUUGUGCCAGGUAGCGGCUUCGGGCAGAGAGAGGGAACUUUCCAUUUCAGGAUGACCAUCCUACCACCGACUGAGAAAUUAAAGAUUGUGCUGCAAAAAAUCAGUGCCUUCCACCAACGCUUCAGUCAGGAGUUUUCUUAACCGUUCCGAGUACCACGCUUCGAUAAGUGCCUUUAUCCGAACAAGUAGCAUCAGGAUCUGCAUCAUUUCUAUUUGUCGUUAUUAGAAUAGCUUAGUUCCUAAUGCAUGAUGCACUUUCCUAAACAGUAACCUUGCCAAAUGAUUGCGCAAUAUGCCACGAAGAAAUGCUUUUGUCUUGUAACAAUCAAACACAAGUGCUUUUCAAAUGUGAUUAAAACAUUUGUAACAUUUGCUUUUUAUGCUACAAUUAAAAUGAGCCACGUUAGAGUGUUGGCCAACAAAGA